GCGGCGAUCGCUGCUGCGAAGCGGUUGGUCUUGGGAUGGGAGGCGAGGACUUCCUCCGAGGCUGGGGUCCUUGGGGGCAGCUCCUGGGAGCGAGCGGGGCACCCGGGCUAACUGGGGUGUCUUCUGAAGUACACACCCUCCCCAUGGAACUGCCUUACAAAUUGGAUUUUGAAAACUUUUCUCUAGAAGUAUUUCAUUUUUAUUAAUAUUUCCAGUAAGAACAAAUCAGGGGCCUCAUUUAAAUAUGCUUUAGGAAGCAAAUACAGACAAGUUCAUUACCACACGCCUUUUGAUGAUUGUUUCUGCGGAGAAUUCUUCAAAUUUAAGUACUGAAAAUAUAAUUAAAUUGCAAAUCAUAAUUUCGAACAUUUUUCCAAUUAUACUUGUUUUUCUAGACCUAAGUAAGCUGGGAUCAUUGUCCUAUCUUUUUUGCCCUUUUCUGCGUGACCCACACCACCCCAUCCCUUAAGAGAACUGCCAUGGUGGGUCCCUCCUAUUUUCUUCCUAUUCUGGGUGAUUUUCACUAGACACGUGCACCUCUGGAAAAACACUCCCUGCCAGCCUGAGCCUCCAGAGAAGCUGCUGUUGGCUUCUGGUGUUUGUAAAAGGGGAAGUUAUUUGUUUUGAAGCUAACUCUGAGCAGAUUAAGUGCAUGUUUUAAGAAGCCCACUUUAGGCACUUAUAAUAAGGUGCCCCUAAAGUAAGGGGCACCCUAGUGACUUCGCUUGUAGAAAUACUAAUUUUUGAUAACGUUUUCUGUGUCAUGGUGAUAAAAUUAAGAGACUAGGAAGCAUCUAGUUGAGAUUUUAGAAAACGCAUUUGCUGUAGAUAAGCCAAUUUCAGUUAGUAAUUAAUUUUACUUACUGAGCAAAGUUAUCAAGCAAGAAGAAACUGCUUCUAGGUGUUUGACUCUGUAUAGGAAUUCAUACUUUCUGUAAUCCUUAAACAGAUUAUGUUUGUUUUCACAGUUUGCAUUUUCUCAGGAAAACAUCCAGCAGAGGUUAAGAGGUAUUCUGUGACUUUAAAGGUUCCAAAGGCUCAGGAUGUUUUAGGUGGAGGACACAGCCUCCUAAAUUGAAAACAAAAUAGACGUUGUACAGUCUUCUUGACAGAUCUCUGUCCAGCCUGUGAUUUGGAGCUUGAAUGGAGCUGGGAAGCAGAGCUACCGAAGCAGGAGGUCCAGUGAUGCGAAAGGAUCAUAUUUAUACUCUCAAGAUGAAGGGCAUCCUGUUUUUGAACCCCAAAGCAAGCCUCCACGACAUAAAUUUAUGUCAGCACCACGAAGGAUUUCACAGUAGAACUCCUGGAAGGCAGUGAUGUGUGCCUGAAGAUGAUAUGCUCAUGUGAGCUGCAUAUUUUGUUUCAGUAAGAUUUAUGGUUAGUCAUGUCCACCAAAACACCCCAAAAGAUAGACUUUUUAUGAAAACUUGAAGAGUGUCUCCAUUUGGGACACAUAUGAUUGUUUGGAUCAGCUUUGUACCAACCUCCUGCGUUAACAUGAUGAAGCAGCAAGAAUAGCUAUGGUCAGUCAUGGAUAAUAGCCAGGAAACUUGUCCAAAGGUGGACAAUGAGUUUCUUUCUGAUAAAAUCACUUUUAAAAUAGAAGUGGAAGACGAUGAUCAAACUCCCAAUCACAGCUUGGAGAGGAUGGAUUUGAGAAGUGAGCAAGGGCACCCGCAGCACACAGACAGCGGGGACGAGCGCCUCGAGAGCAGAGAGGCGGACUGUGCCUUCCCACCCCCUGGGAAGUACGUGCCCCCGGACAACGAGGACGACUAUGGGUCCCUGUUCUCCCAGUACAGUAGCACACUGUAUGACGUAGCAAUGGAAGCUGUGACGCAGAGCCUUCUCUCCAACAGAAACAUAAACUCCAGGAAGAAAUCUCCAGCUUGGAAACAUUUUUUUAUCUCUCCUCGAGAUAGUACUAAAGCAAUAUGUAUGUACUGUAUGAAAGAAUUUAGUCGAGGUAAAAAUGAAAAAGAUUUAAGUACUAGUUGUCUCAUGAGACAUGUGAGAAGAGCUCAUCCUACUGUGUUGAUUCAGGAAAAUGGCAGUGUGUCCAACAUGGCCUCCUUUUCUUCUUCACUCCUGCUCUCACCCCCGUCUGCAGAUGGAGGAGACCUAAGCACCAUACUCUCACCCAUAAAGCUUGUCAAAAACAUUGCAUCUAAGGUACCAUCCCCUGAUCGAAUAACUGAGGAAUCUGUGUCUGUCGUUUCUUCUGAAGAAAUUUCCUCUGACAUGUCUGUUUCUGAGAAAUACAGCAAAGAAGAAGCCAUGGUGGGGUCGUCUCCACAGUUGCCCAGUCUCCAUUAUGAUGAGUCUGUGGAGAUCAGCACGGAAAAAAGCCUCACGGUUCCAAAGAGCACAUCAGGCUCCAGAAGAAGAUCUGCUGUCUGGAAGCACUUCUAUUUGUCUCCUUUAGACAACUCUAAAGCUGUUUGCAUUCAUUGCAUGAAUGAGUUCAGCCGAGGGAAGAACGGGAAGGAUCUUGGGACGAGCUGUCUGAUCAGGCACAUGUGGAGGGCCCAUCGCUCCAUUGUCCUGCAGGAGAAUGGGGGUGGCACAGGCAUCCCGCCACCGUAUUCCACGCCUCCCACUCUGCUGCCCUCUCUGCUGCCUUCGGAUGGCGACUUCAAUUCCGGGUCGUCGUCACCAGGAAAAGUGGUUGGAGAACCCACCUCGGCGUCCUCCUCUCCUGACAGGCUGCCCGAAGACAUCCAUUCUCAUUUUAAUCCUGGAGAGACAUUACUGGAGGACGUGUUGGUGCUGUCAUCAUCCGAGGAUGUUGGCGACACCUCCAUGGUGUCUUCUCCUGAGAAGCAGGGUGACGGACCGAGUCCUCGGGUAUUUGAAUCUGGCACUGUGUUUCAGCAGAAUAAAAAGGUCAUGAAGAGACUGAAGUCCGAAGUUUGGCAUCACUUUUCAUUAGCUCCCAUGGACAGUCUGAAGGCAGUGUGUAGAUACUGCAACUGUAUUAUCAGUCGGGGCAAGAAGGGUGAUGUGGGCACGAGCUGUUUGAUGAGGCAUCUCUAUAGACGCCACCCUGAAGUUGUUGGGAACCAACGGGGCUUUCUAGGUGCAAGUCUAGCAAAUUCUCCAUAUGCCACUCUGGCUUCUGCAGAAAGCUCCUCCAAAUUAAGCGACUUGCCCACAAUGGUUUCAAAAGAUAAUCAGGUUAUAUUUCCUGUUAAUAGCAAAAAGACCUCAAAACUGUGGAAUCAUUUUUCUAUUUGUUCAGCAGACUCCACUAAAGUCGUGUGCUUGCACUGUGGACGAACAAUAAGCAGGGGAAAGAAGCCAACGAACUUAGGUACCAGUUGCCUUUUAAGACACUUACAGAGGUUUCAUAGCAACGUGCUAAAAAACGACACCUCGGACACAGCGUUGCCCUCUUCUCCAGAAACGCGUGUGCCACUGAGCGCAGAGUUACUAGGUGCUUCAUCCUGCGAUGACACCAGUGAAAAGUUCUGUGAUUCUCACCCAGUUGCCAAAAAAAUAACAAGUCUCAUAGCUGAAAUGAUUGCACUUGACCUUCAGCCAUAUUCUUUUGUAGACAAUGUUGGCUUUAACAGGCUGCUUGAAUACUUGAAACCUCAGUACUCUUUACCCUCACCGUCUUAUUUUUCCAGGACAGCUAUUCCAGGUAUGUACGAUAAUGUGAAACAGGUCAUUCUGUCCCAUCUUAAGGAAGCUGAGAGUGGCGUGGUCCACUUCACGUCUGGGAUAUGGAUGAGUAACCAGACGCGUGAGUACCUGACCCUGACGGCUCACUGGGUCACCUUUGCAUCAUCAGUCCGCCCCCGCUGUGAAGACCACCAUCGCUCAGCACUCUUGGACGUGUCGCAGAUUGAUUGCGACUACGGUGGCAACAGCAUUCAGAAGCAGCUGGAAUGUUGGUGGGAAGCCUGGGUGACAUCCGUUGGCCUUCAGAUUGGCAUCACGGUGACUGACAACCCCAGCAUCGGGAAGACCUUGAACGAAGGGGAUCACUCGAGCGUGCAGUGCUUCAGCCACACAGUAAACCUCAUUGUGAAUGAGGCCAUCAAAAGUCAGAGGAUGGUUCAGAACUUACUGAGCAUUGCACGCAAGAUAUGUGAGCGGGUACAUCGGUCACCCAAAGCAAAAGAGAAACUAGCAGAGCUGCAGAAAGAAUAUGAAUUGCCCCAACACCAUCUGAUUCAAGAUGUUCCAUCCAAAUGGAACACGUCGUUUCAUAUGCUUGAAAGACUCAUUGAACAGAAAAGGGCCAUUAAUGAGAUGUCCAUCGAGUGUAACUUUAGGGAACUGAUCAGCUGUGACCAGUGGGAAGUCAUGCAGUCCGUGUGCCACGCGCUGAAACCCUUUGAUGUCGCGAGUCGGGAAAUGAGCACACGCGUGUCUGCUCUCAGCCAGGUGAUCCCCAUGAUCCACAUCCUUAAUAGGAAAAUCGAGAUGCUGUUUGAGGAGACGAUGGGCAUUGACACCAUGCUAAAGUCUUUGAAGGAAGCCAUGGUGAGCCGCUUGUCCUCCACCCUCCACGAUCCGAGGUACAUCUUUGCUACACUUUUGGACCCUCGUUACAAAGCCUCCUUAUUUACAGAGGAGGAGGCCGAGCAGUACAAGCAAGAUUUAAUCAGGGAACUAGAAAUACUGAAUUCUACCUCAGAUGAUAAACCUGUUUCCAAUGGGUGUGAUACAGGUUCACCAUCUAAAGACUCUGUUGCAGAGGAAAACCUGUGGUCACUCAUGGCCAAGAUGAAAAGAAAGGAUCUGAGAGAGAAGACAAAGUUACCUGAAGACAUGGUGCUUGCCUACUUGGAGGAAGAGGUGCUUGACCACAGCUGUGAUCCGUUAACCUACUGGAACCUGAAGAAGUCGUCUUGGCCGGCCCUGGCGGCCCUGGCGGUCAGGUUUCUGGGCUGCCCCCCGAGUACCGUCCCUUCAGAAAAGCUGUUCAACACAUCCACUGAAAACAGUAGCUUCAGCCAGUCCCGGCUCAUGAUGGAACACUUUGAAAAACUUAUCUUUUUGAAAGUGAAUCUUCCCUUAGUAUACUUUCAGUAUUGAAACUCCUGAUGGAGCCACCAGGCUAAAAAAUGUUGCUUACUAGGCAUUAGCUGUGUCUGCCACUGGGGCUGCUGACUCGCUCCGAUCGGGGCCAUGUAGGACAUCAGGUGAGGGACUCGCAGGUCCGAGUUGGAGUGUCACUGUCCAGCUUUCUAUGUCAUGUCUACAUGUGCCUUACUCCUAGUUCUUCAGGCCAGAUGCUGUAGAUAUGUUUUGUUUUUUUUUAAGAACUUCACUAGAAAUAGCCUGUCUUGUCAAUUAUGAUGAUUAGGUUUUAAUUCAUAACUGUAAAUUUUUUUAAAAGUUGGGGGUUAGUAAUUUGUUUUAAUAGAGGGGCAGAAAAGAUGUAAACAGUUCUAUUCUCUAGACUUUUUAUUCAAUUAUGUGAAAACCAUAAAUCAGGUACUGUAUUUUAGUUAAGCGUCGCUUUAAUUGCAACAAAACAGCUUUUGUGACUGUCAGAUGAAAUCUGUAUGUAAGAGGUGGAGUUCAAGCCAUCCUUUCAAAGCAGUUGUUAACUGCAAGCUCUAAAGUACUUAGAGGAUUACAGUGACUAUUAUGGAAGAUAACUGUUUACUAGUACAGAGACAUAGCAUUUGAAAACAAAAGUGAAUUGAGAUAUAUUGUGGAUCUCUGUUCCAUAGUAAUUUGGUCAAGAAAAUUUUCCCGUUUAUGUUUUUGCAUUCAGGUUUCCCAUCGUAGUUAACUCAGAGAUAUCCCAACUAUUUAUAAUGAAUUCCUUUGAAAUGUUGAAGAUUGCAAAUUCACGUUUAUUAUUUAGCCAGUGCAUACAUAAUAUGACACGUUUACAGCAAAAGUUCAGUUAAUUACAUCUCCAAGCCUCUGAUUUAGUCUGUCUAUGCUAUGUAGCUGUAAAACUGUGCACUGAUUCCAAGUUUGAUCAAAUUAUGUAUAAAAGUCUUUUUAGAAGAGAUGCCGUAUUCACAGGGAAGAAGAUUAUUAUAUUAUGGUUGUAAGACUAGCCUUAUGUGUUUAGGGUUUUCUUUUUUAAUAGGGAAGAUUCAGCCAUUGUUGGGGUAUUUUAGAAUCCCAAGGACAUCAGAAUGAAGUAUCAGUCGUCAAAUUCUCUAAACAGUUUUUCAUCAGUGUGUUUGCUUUCACAUCUAGAAAAGCGUUCAUUUUCUCAUUUCUAACCAAUUGAUAUUCUGGGUGGAACAAGUCACUCACUUGCCUAUGAUCUUUUAGAAAAGUCAUUUUGUUAAAAUACUGUACCUAUGCUUAAUCUAAAUUUGCAUUGACUAUGUUUUAGUGUAUUUAUAAAUGGUGAACUCAGUUUCUAAAAUUAAACUUUUUAUUUGCAAUUUUUCUAGUGCUAGUGGACAACUGGCUUUUUAAUUUUACGGUAAUAAAACAGGCAUACUCUUUGGAGACCAAUAUAUAAAAAUUAUAUUCAUGCAGCAUUUUAAAUUUUACCUUAAACCCAGAUUAAAACAGUAGGGAAUUGGAAAUGUAGCUCUUACAAUAACAUCACUGAUCAUGGAGUGAUGCCGAGACCUUUCCAGGUGUUGUGUUUACAGGGAGUGGUGGUAAAAAAUGUGGCACCGGAAAGCAAGGGCCUGGUGGGUACCACGUGGAUUCAUUUCCUGGGGCUGCUACAAUAAAUCACUGCAGAGUGAGUGGCUUUAAACAACAGAAGUUAUUCUCUCGCAGUUCUGGAGGCCACAAAUCUGAAAUCAAGGUGUUGGCAGUGUUGCACACCGUCCGAAGUCUCUAGGGGAGAAUCUGCUCUAUUCUUCUACUAACUUCUGGUGGUUCCCGGCAAUCCUUGCUGUUCCUGGCUCGUAGACUCAUCACUCCAAUUUCUGCCUCUGCCUCCACGUGGUCUUCUCCUCUGUGUGUCCCCGUGCCUUCUCUUCUGUCUCUUCCAAGGACACUUGUCACUGGAUUUAGGGUGCUCCCAUGAGCUACAAGGGGCCACUCAUGGCUCUUCUGCUCCCCACGAUGUGAUGACUUACCAGCUUCAGGACCCACCACCCGGUGUUCCCUCGGUUUGGUACUUUAUGGUCCUGCUUCUCAACAGAGGGAGAUGUAGGCAACCCAUUCGUGGUCGCUGGGCCUCCCUGGUCCAAUAGCUUCAGGU